AUGAAGUUCUCCAUCGUUGCCAUGAGCUUCGUGCUCUCUAUCACUCUUGGUGCCGCUCUUCCUGUCAUGAGUCCUGCUCGUGAUUUGGCUGCACAACAGGAGCGUCGUGAUGCCGCGAAGGCAGCUAUUCCGGUCCCUUGGGCCAAGCGUGAGGCCGAUGCCGCGAAGGCAGCUAUUCCAGUCCCUUGGGCCAAGCGUGACGCCGAGGCUGCGAAGGCUGCUAUUCCAGUUCCUUGGGCCAAGCGUGACGCCGAGGCCGCGAAGGCUGCUAUUCCAGUCCCUUGGGCAAAGCGGGGCGCUGACGCUGAGGCGGCUCCUAUCGCUCAUUAA